AUGGCGAAGAAGUCGAUGACACCGUCACAAAAAGAAGCCUUGGUGGAAUUUAUGGAAAACCACCCCGAUCUUAGGAAGGGCAAGUUUUCCAUAAAUUUUACCACGGCAAUAGCAAAAAAAAUGUGGGUGGAAUGCCAAACAAUGCUAAACAGCAUCCCCGGACCGGCUAAAGAAUGGCAUGAAUGGCGAAAAACAUGGCAAGACCUUAAAGCCAAAACAAAAAAAAAAAAAAGUGAUAUUAAAAGUGACUUCUCUGGAACUGGUGGAGGUCCUCCACAAACUGAUCAAUUAGAUUCUGUAGAAGAGAGGAUACUGUGUACAAUAGGGGAAGUACCAAUAAGUGGGGAUCCUUAUGUCCAUGAAUCGACUGUGAGUUUUGACCAUCAGGAUUCAAAAAAGUGUGUGUCAGAAUUUGUUGAUCCCCUUGAUAUGCCUGCCACUUCUAGUAACUUUCAAUACUUACAACCAGCACAAACAUCACAAAUUAAUAGUGAGAUACUGGAUACUCAGCCAGCCAAAGUACCAUUUACCGAGUUGUCUCAACUGAAACGUGUUGUGAAGUUCUCAAAAGCAGAUAGAUUAAAUAACACAGUUGAAGCCACUAAUAAAUUGAAUGAUGUAUCUGCAGCCCGUAACUCAAUAGUGGAGAGCUAUUACAAUGCUAAGAUUGAGUUACUAAAAAAGCAAACUGAGCAAAAUGAAAGGAUGGUAAUUGCUAAAGAAAGGAGUGCCAUUGCUAAAGAAAGGAGUGCCAUUGCUAAUGAAGCGAUUGCAAGAGCUUUAGCAAUGAUGUUGCCAAAAGAUCCUUUAAACAGCCCCACUACUAGCACAGAAUAG